AUUUUUAUCCCAAUGAUUACAUUCACGUCAUUUCUAGUAAAGCAUUUAUAAGAGUCGCGACUUUAGCGUGCAUUAUGAAACAAUAAACAAAACGAAUUUAAGGAAAAUGUUGCUGAUAUUUCUACUACUAGUGGCUAUAUGUGUAGCAGUCUAUUACUAUGUAUUUGUGCCUCUAACUUUUUGGAAGCGAAAUGGAGUAAAACAGAAAGGUUUAUUUGCUUCUUUUUUGGAUUGCUGGUUCGCCGUUUUGAGAAAGGAAAGUGUAGCCGAUCUGGUAACAACAUGGUACAAGGAAUUUCCGCACACUAGGUAUAGUGGCAUUUACCAGUUUGGAAAUCCAGUUCUAACAUUGAGAGACCCAGAAUUAGUCAAACAAAUUUGGAUCAAAGAUUUCGAGUAUUUUACUGAUCGUAGGACGUAUGUUCCCGAAGAUCUUGAUCCUUUGUUUGGAAAAAGUAUCUUUUCUUUAAAAGGUGAACGAUGGAAAAAUAUGAGAUGUAUUGUAAGCCCCACAUUCACCAGCAGCAAGAUGAAAGCCAUGUUUGUUUUAAUAAAGGAAUGCUGCGACAAUUUCACAAAUCACUUUUUGAAGAAAGGUUCUGAUAUACAAGAGGUACAAUUUAAGGAUGUAUCUGGUCGAUUUUGUACUGACGUUAUAGCUUCUAUAGCAUUCGGCAUUUCCUUGGACUCUCUCGAGCAAAAGGACAACGAAUUUUAUGCAAUGGUCAGUAGUGUUACUAACCUUAACAAACUUAGUAAACUUCUCAGAUUCAUGGGAUUUUUGUUGGCUCCGAAGAUAUACAGAUUUCUUGGCUUGAAACUCUCCGACGAAGAAGAAACAAAGUUUUUCGUAAACCUCGUAAAUGAUUCCAUCAAGCAAAGGGAAGAAAAAGGUAUCGUUCGACUAGAUACAAUACACUUGCUGUUACAAACCAGAAAAGGUGAAAAAACUGACGAAGAUACAACUACUGAAGAGGCAGGAUUUGCUGCAAUGGAAGAGGUUAAACUUGAAAAGGAAAAACGGCAAAUAACCUUAACCGAUGAGGACAUAGCAGCUCAAUCGUUUCUCUUCUUCUUCGCUGGAUACGAAUCAGUUUCAACAUUGAUGUGCUGCAUGGCUCACGAGUUAGCUGUUAACACAGAUAUUCAAGACAGGCUUAGAGAAGAAAUUGUUGAAACUGAAAAAAACUGUAAUGGAAAAUUGACAUAUGAUAGUCUCGUCCGUAUGAAGUUCUUCGAUAUGGUCACAUCAGAAGUUCUUCGAAAAUGGCCUCCCCAAGCUGGUGCCGAACGUCAAUGCACCAAACCUUACACCAUCGAGCCCUUGACGCCGGAAGAAACUCCCAUACAUCUUCAAAAAGGUCACAUAGUGGUAGUCCCCACGUUCGGCAUGCACCGUGAUCCUGAUUUGUUCCCAAAUCCAGACCGAUUCGAUCCGGAGCGCUUCAACGACGAGAACAAACACAAAAUCAUACCGGGCAGUUACACUCCUUUCGGGGCGGGACCUAGAGGAUGUAUAGCCUCGAGAUUGGCCAUUUUGGAAACGAAAUUAUUCUUUUAUAGUGUGCUGUUGAGGUUUGAAAUUGUACCUGUGGGAAAGACUUGCAUACCCUUGGCGCUGACGAAGAGUCCCGCGCUUAUUGGAGUAGAAGGAGGAUGUUGGUUGGGAUUGAAACGUAUUGAAUAGUGAAUAAAAUAUAAGAAAAGUGCUUAAGUUAUGUUUUAAGAUUAUUGUAUAUGUUUGUGAAUAAAUUGUAAUUAAUAUUUUGGUCCUAAAACUA